AUGGAUUCUGAUGCAGUAGACGAUAAUCAAAUCAUUGGAGAUAAAAAAGUAGAAAAUAAAAUGUAUAAAAUAAAUGUACAUGGAAAAUCAAUACUAAAAACUAAUAUGAAAAAAAGAAGAUUAAUCAAAGAACAAGUUAAAACUUAUUUUGAAGAUAUGUCAUUCAAAAAAUUGAAUAGAGGAAUUUCUUAUACCCAUGUUUCAAAUAAAGAAAAACUAUACGAAGAAGUACCAAAACUGACUAAUAUACAUUUACGCUCUGAAUCAAGGAGAGCAUCGAUAUUAAGUGAUCUUGCUGACAGUGCUUCUGUUCUACAGCCGACACUGCCUGGACUCCUUAUAGAAAAUCUAGGUAAAAUUAAAAAGAAAGACGUAACUGAAAAGAAGAAAACCCUGAGAAAGAAAAAGGACGAUAAAGAGGAGAAAGUGUCUUCAAAUGGUACAAUUUCUACAUCUAUUAACAUAGAAAAUGUACCAUUUGAUAAAGAUUCAUCCGUGGUCGUUGGAGAUAAUUUAGUUGUUUACUAUGGUGACAUAACUUAUGAUGCAAAAGUCAUUUAUGUGUGUGAUAUUGAAGGAGUAAUGAAAUAUUACGUGCAUUAUGAAGGAUGGAAUGUACGUUAUGAUGAAUGGAUAGAUGAUAUGCAUAUUGCUUAUAAAAAAAAGGAACAAGAACCUGAAGAAGAUAUUGAUGCAGAUUCUUCAAAAAGUAGUAUUGAAAUUGCAAUUUUUCUUCAUGUUAUCGACAUUUUUAGAAAUGGACUGAAAAAAAAACAAAUCAUAAAUGGAACUGAUGCACUAUACAUAUUCAACGUUCUUCUAUUGCAUGGCAGUGUACAGCAUUCAUCGAUGACCAUCGACAAUCCCAAACGUCUCUGGUCGCUGAUAGAGAGCUUGUCCUCGCCAGCUGUAAAAAGUUAUUGGGCAUAUCAGUGUUGGAGAUGUCAAAGGUUAAAACAGAUGUAUGCUGUACUAAGGUAUAAGGGCAGGUCGGUUGAUAUUGAGACACGUCUAGCCUGGAGGUGUUCGCAGUUCACAUGACAAAUAAAAGGUAGGCCUAGUGCGGAGAAAUCGAGUUGUCCACACUACACAUCGCAGGACGAGCGAAAUAGCAGAGUGGCCGUCGGCGUCAUUAGGAGCUGAUGCAAUGGAGAUCGUUGUUGUAUUUGUAUGUCAAGGAUCAUGAAAUUCAGUGUUUCAUCCCCGUCAAUAAGAUACGACGUUUGGUCAAAAAGAAUUUUAAAAAAUAUUUAUUUAAAAAUUGAAUUAUC